UCCCUUAUAAAUGCUACUCCUUUUCACAUUCCUCUUUCCUAUCGUAUACAACUCCCACUCUCUCUCUCUCUUCCGCCAUUAAAGCUCUGUUCUCAAGGUUUUCCAUUGCUACAACCUCAACCUAUUCUCUACAGCUUAGUAGAACACCCUCUCAAACUAUCGAUCUCGGAAGCAACCCAAUAAGAUGGCCUUAGAGGAGUAUCUUCAAGAUGGCUUGUCUCAGAACAGCUCUGUUGAAGAAACUAAAUCAUCAUGCCAGAAAUGGAAAUCUUUCUCAGAUGAUCUAGAUAACAACCCAUCAGCGGGUUUCGACUGCAAUAUCUGCUUAGACACAGUUCAUGAUCCAGUGGUUACUCUUUGUGGCCACCUCUAUUGCUGGCCCUGCAUAUACAAAUGGCUUAAUUCCGAGAGUGUUUCUUCUGAGAACCAAGAACCGCAGCCUCAGCCUCAGCCACAGUGUCCUGUUUGCAAAGCCGAAGUCAGUCAGAGCUCUUUAGUCCCUCUGUACGGCAGAGGCAAAACUACUACACCCUCUAAAGGAAAGGCUCCAAAUCUUGGUAUAGUAAUACCGAGAAGGCCUCUUGGUCCCUUUUGUGGGGUUGAUUCACCAAGAACUACUAGUACAAACCCAUACAUGAGUAAUCCACAAGUUUAUCAACGUGAUUAUCCUAAUCAAAACAGCGUUUAUAGGGGUGGCUAUACUUCACCUAUGCUAAGCCCUGGUAGCACAGUUGCUAACUUGUUGGAUCCCAAUGUUGGGAUUUUUGGCGAAGUGGUUUACUCAAGGGUGUUUGGAAACUCGAUUACAAAUUUGUAUACGUAUCCCAAUUCUUAUCAUCUAGUGGGAAAUGCUAGUCCAAGAAUUAGAAGGCUUGUUAUGCAAGCUGAUAGAUCACUCAGCAGAAUCAGUUUUUUCUUGUUUUGUUGCGUAGUUUUGUGCCUCCUUUUGUUCUGAUAACACAUUUGUUUUUAUCUCCCUCACACAUAGCACUAGUGUAAUGUAAAAUUUAAGAGUAAAGAAUACGGAGUGAAAUAACAGAAAUACAAUCAUCAUACAUUUUCUAUUA